AAAAAUCAACUGCUCCAAGUGAACAGUCGACUGCAAGAUUAUAACAGUCACCUGAUUGAACUUAAUAAGAGGUUAAAUGAGAGGGUCAGUGACCUUCAGAAAAAAAUAGACAUGGCGCAAAAUGUCCCAAGCUGUCCCCAGGGAUGGUGGAGAUACAUGAACUCCUGUUACCAGCUUUCCUCUGGCAUAAGCACCUGGCAUAAUGCCAAACAAGACUGUGUGAGCAAAAGAGCUCAUUUGGUGAUUUUCAAUGAUAAAUUUGAAGAGGAUGUUGUCCGUGUUUUUGGAGGUCAUGUCAGCAUGUGGAUAGGCCUGAGAGGUCAACAAGAUGCGCAGUUGUGGACGUGGACAUGGGUGGAUGGAAAACCAAUGUGGAAUCGUCCGCUACCUUUUGGGAACAAUUGCCAGUAUUGCAACUAUUGUGCUUGUGCAUAUGUUAAACACUGUCAACAGCCAUUGAAUAACCUGUUCCAGGACUCGUGUGAAAACCACCACCACUGGAUGUGUGAGAAGGAGCUGCACACCAACUUCCUUCAAUAAGACUCACACAACAAACACAUCUGCACUCAGUCUCUCCUCUAUCAUACACACAAACGAAUAUAUGUAAUGUGUGUAAUGUAUAUGUACCUUUUAUUAGUUGUAAUUGUUGAUUUUACUUUUCUAUCAUAUUUUCUAUGACUUCUUUAUUUUAAUGCACCUACCGGCUUGCUAUUAAGGUUCAGCAAAAUAUAUUGGAAAAAGGCGUCAGGUCAGGACUCAGGGGUGAAAAGGGGGACUGAAUAUACAAGGCCAUCAUGUGAGGAGGGCCCACAAAGAUACUGCCUAUGUACAGGGUCCAUAAUUCUGGAUUUCACCUGUGUUAGAACAUAUGUCACAUUUUAGUAGCUGAAAUGUUAAAACUUUUUUUUUCAUUCACUGUGUAAUAGUUAAACGUUUUUAUAAAUGGAGAAUGUAAAAAAUGAUAAAUGAAAAGGAAAAUGUUUUUGAGCCACUGAAGAGGAGCUUAACAGUCGCAUGUGGCUCCAGAGCCGCAGGUUGCCUGUUAAUAUUUACCUUUUGUGCUUCUGAAGCCAAUACCACUGAAUUGCAGAAUUCCAAUUCAGUAUGUUCAGUUUAUUCUCAAACUAUACUGUGGUUUUGAAUGUAUUUUAUUCAUGAAAUUGAUUAAUCCCCAAAAUGCAUUGAAAAUGUCAAUAAAAUAUAAUUAAACCCUUAAA